AUGACCUAAAAAGUUGAUUUAAAAACCCGAAUAGAAAUAAAAUUUAUAUUAUACAUCGCGAAAGUUACUAUUAUAUUACUGUUUAUAGAGUCUGUAAAGUUUUGACACCACUACUAUUUUUAUACGUAUAUUUUAAAAUAGGAAGAUGAUCAUCGUAGCAUUUGUGUUUAUCAUAUUGUGUGGCUAUGGGGCUUAUUGGGUUGCUGGUUCGAGACGAUUGGACAGAGCUACAGCAACGUUGCCCAUGCCACCUUCCUUACCUCUAGUAGGAAAUGCUAUGUUUUUUAUCGGAAGCACAGAGAAAAUUUUAAAAAGCCUCAAAUAUAUCGCUUCGCUGGCACAGAAACAUAAAGGUGCAGUAAAAUUGUGGUUGGGGCCAAAGUUAUACAUUGCGAUUGGAAACCCGGAAGAUGCCCAAGUAAUUUUAGAAAAUUGUCUCGACAAAGACGAGGUUUAUCGGUUUUUACGUCCUUGGCUUGGACGUGGACUCUUCAUUGCUCCACUUAGUCUGUGGAAAGUUCAUAGAAAAGUAUUGUUACCGAUUUUCCACAAUAAAGUAGUGGAAGAAUACUUGAGUGUUAUUUCAACACAAGCGGACGUGCUCCUUGAAAGGAUCGCAGACCAAUCGGGAAAAUGUGAAUUCGAUGUACUGAAAUACAUUACGGCUUGUACCCUGGACAUUGUAUUCGAAACUGCAAUGGGCGAACGAAUGGACGUUCAACAUACUCCAGAUACACCUUACCUUCGAGCACGUCUCAUCGUCAUGACGAUAUUAAACAAACGCUUCUUUAAAGUGUGGCUGCAACCCGAUUUUAUUUUUAAUCUAACUCCUUACGCUAAACAGCAAAAAGAAAAUAUUAAGCUGACGCAUAAAUUUACUGAUGAGGUAGUGAAGAAAAAACGAAUUGAGUAUGAGAAGAAAAUGGCAAAAAGUAACAGUCAAACUGACAUUAAUUCAGUUGGACAGCCUCAGAGUGUACUCGACAUGCUAUUCGGACGCGAUAUCGAGUUUACAGAUGAGCAAUUAAGGGAACAUAUUGAUUCUAUCACGAUUGCCGGCAACGACACAACCGCACUGGUCAUCGCUUACACCUUCAUUUUACUCGGUAUUCAUCAGGAUGCACAAAAUAAAGUCCUGCAGGAACAAAAAAAUAUUUUCGGAAACUCUAAGCGAGGAGCUUUAAAAGAAGAUAUUUUUAAAAUGAAUUAUUUGGAAAGAGUGAUCAAAGAAAGUAUGCGUCUUUACACGGUUGUUCCAAUCAUUUCUCGUAAUGUUCAUAAAGACAUUUAUUUGCCACACAGUAACGUGACAGUCCCAGCGGGUACCGGAGCGGUUGUGGGUCCUUUUGCAAUUCAUCGAUUGCAAUCUGUUUGGGGACCGAAUGCCAAUGAAUUCGACCCGGAUAGAUUUCUACCAGAACAUUCUGUUGAUCGACAUCCUGCCGCCUUCCUUGCUUUUAGCUUUGGUUCAAGAAACUGUAUAGGUAGAAACUUCGGUAUGUUAAUAAUGAAGAGCAUCAUAUCAAGUUUUAUAAGGUCGUACAAAAUAGAAGCAAACGAAGUGGGACCUCUGAAAAUAGAAGUACUCUUAUUUCCUAUCAACGGCCAUCAAAUCAAAAUAACAAAAAGAUUGCCGUGAGAAAUUUAAAAUGGAAUUAAA